UUUACCUACCCACCCCAACCCAACCCAUCUUCUUCUUCCUCCUCUCCUCCUCCACCUCUUCUCUCCCUUCCUCCACUUCACCCAUCUCUCCCCACCUCCACCUCCAUAUCUAUCCACUUCUCACUCUCUCACACUCUCACUAGCUAGGAGCACUCCACUCCAAUUUACUACUAGUAUCUCUCUCUCUCCAACUACCGCCAUUGCCUUCUUGGCAAGCUCGGUUUUCUUGCGGAGAUGAAGGGGCUCAGUGGGCCGAAGCUGCUGGUGGUCCACCCGUCGUCGAACAAGCCGCUGGGUGGCGCCGCGUCACCGGCGAUGGCGGUCCUUGGCUCCCGCCGCCGGAUGUGGGUGGUGCUGUUCUUGGCCGGGUUCGCCUGCGUGUCGCUCGGCACGAUGCUGUGCGCCGCGCGCGACCACCCGCCGCCGCCCGUCGCCGCGAGGAGGCUGGCGGCGGCGGAGGCGCAGGCGGCGACGCUCGCAGUGUCGGCGCGGGGUGGCGGUGCGGGUGGAGGUGGGGGUGGGUUGCCGGGGUACGUGUUCGACGCGCUGGUGCAGUACGCGUCGGCGGGGGGGAACUCGACGGCGAGCAUGCCGGGCGGCGACGUGCGCGCCAUCGCGGCGGUGGUGAAGCGGCGGGCGCCGUGCAACUUCCUGGUGUUCGGGCUCGGCGGGGAGACGCCGCUGUGGCGGGCGCUCAACCACGGCGGCCGCACCGUGUUCCUCGACGAGAACCAGUACUACGUGUCCCACCUGGAGGGGCGGCACCCGGGCCUCGAGGCCUACGACGUCGUCUACACCACCACCGUCCGCGAGUUCCCCGACCUCCUCGACGCCGCCCGCGCCGCCCGCUCCGCCGAGUGCCGCCCCGUCCAGAACCUCCUCUACUCCGACUGCCGCCUCGCUAUCAACGACCUCCCCAACCAGCUCUACGACGUCGCCUGGGACAUCAUCCUCGUCGACGGCCCUCGCGGGUACACGGCGGCGUCGCCGGGGAGGAUGUCGGCGAUAUUCACGGCGGGGGUGAUGGCGAGGUCGAGGGCGGAGAAGGGGGCGGAGACGGACGUGCUGGUGCACGACUACGAGAGGGAGGUGGAGAGGGCGUGCUCGAGGGAGUUCCUCUGCGAGGAGAAUCGCGUGGAGGAAACCAGCACCAGGUCGCUCGCCCACUUCGUCGUCCCCGGCGGCCGCGACCUCCGCCGGGAAACCUUCUGCGCCGGCGGCGGCGGCAGCGGCGCCUCGACAUAGAUUUUUCUCCCUUUUUUUACUCACUUGGUAGUUUUUUUUUUUACUCCCAUCUUUUGAUGGCUAAUGAUGAUGUCGGUGGCCAUGGCCCAAUGAGUGAGAGUGAACAUAAGAACAAGAGAAAGCUGAAAGCCUGUAAAAAAAUCGGCGAGAUGCGAAGCAGCACAUAAAAAUGUGUCCAUGGCGUUCAUCUUCGCUUC